AUGCUUAAGACACUAACCAAGGAAGAUGAGGAAGAGAUUGAGAGGUUGAGGGAAGAGAGAAGGACCAAGAGGAGGAAUGACCCAAUCAGCAAGGAAGGAGAAGAGGUCAAUCAAGAAGUUGAGGAGAGUGAGCAUGAGAGCAAUGAGAAUGUGCCCAUGGAAGAGGAGGAGUCAGAGGAAGAAGAGGAUGAGCUCCCCAUGUACCAAGAGCAUUAUGAUGCUCUCUUCUCCAUGGACUUUGUGGAGACCAAGUACCCACAUGAUGACACAAUGAGGGCUCUUGGGAUCUUUGAGGAUGUGGAGCUGGUCCUCAAGAACAUGCGCUUGGCCAAGUUCUUCUCUUACCGCUUGGAGUCAUACAAGGAGCUCACUUGUGAGUUUUUGGCAUCAAUGAGGUUCCACAAGUAUAGGCAGCUCGAUCGAGCUGAGUUGGAUCAAGGUUGGGGAUGGAUCACGUUCUUGGCAAGGGGAGAAAGGAAGGCUGCUCAAAUCAGGAGCCCUGUGCUGAGAUAUGUCCACAAGGCUCUCGCCAACACCUUCUUUGCAAGGAAAGCCACUGGGACAAUAAAUGAAGGAGAGGUGAAGCUCCUUGACAUGGGAAUCAAGCCCAUCAUCUCACGCACCAAGGAUGGGAAGAAAUCAGAGGAGAUAGAAUCCAUGCAGGGAAUCUCAUGCCUCUCAUUGACCAGCUACUCUCCUACAAGACAACCGCCUAUAGCACUCGGUUUCAAACGGGUAGGAAGCUUAGUGUUGGAGGAGUCAUCACGCCUAUCCUCUGUGCAGCUGGAGUCCAUUUGGACAAGAGAAGUUGGGCAUGAAGAGGAUUUGCGAGAAGAGGAGCCUGAACUCGAUCGAGCUGAGGAUCGAGUUGAGGACCACGCUCAAGUGAAUGCGGAUUUGGGUGAGCCUGAGUGCUACUAUUUUGAGGAGUAUGAGGCUCCAAGGAUGAACCCCUCUGUUGUGGCUGCCCACAAGAGGAUUGGACUUCUCCAAAGGUUCAACAAGUGGCAAGGGAAAGCCAUGGACAAGAUGCAAAAGUCCAUGGACAAGAUGGUGAGCAAGAUCAAAAGUUUGGAGAAGAAGGUCUCUGGUUCUUCAAGCAAGAAGAAGAAGACACCCAUGGCUCCUACUUUCCCUAGGAGUAGAUCACUCCUCACCACCCCAAGGAGGUCUUUUGGAGCAUUCUGGAGCAUAUGGGACAUGAGGAGCAUGGAGGGACUUGGCAUGGACGCAGCUCAACUGGAUACGCAAAGGAAGAAGGGAGAAGCCAUCUUGAAGACCAGCUCGACCCUACUCGACCAACCGGUCGAGUUCCUCAACUCGACCGGCCAAGCUUCAACUCGAUCGAGCUGA